ACAGCUGGAGGCCCUCUGGAUGGGAAGCACCGAUGUAGGCUGAGAAUAGGAUCGUAUUAAACAUACAGCUGGUCACGUGACACUCCCAACCCCCGACCUCUCUGCAGACUGAGAAAACUAAGGGGCGGGGAAUGGGCGUUGCUGUCGAACCGGAGAUCCUGACACUUCCGGGUUUGGGUUACCGUUGCCUGGCAACUCAAAGACGCCGUGCCCGGGAAAGAGGUUCUCCUUUUCUCAUUUGGACACGGAAUGGCUCAUCAUUUAAGUUCAAGGCCUAGUAGAGCAUCUGUUUCAGUUUCCAAUGUAACAAAAGCUUCAAAGAUUCAAGAUAGAAGAAGUCUCCAGCCUGUAAUUCUGACCUCCGUAGCUUUACAGGAUCAUAUUUUACAGAAUCUCCAACUUCAGCAUCUCUCUUUAGCUGAUCCUUGUAAAGGAAUCAGGAGUACGAAAAAGUCCGGAGCCAAAACUGUGGACAAAAAAAUAGUCAAACCUGUUGUUGAUACUGGGAUCAAGAGGAAACCUACAGAAAAAGCUGCCAUCAAUACUACAGAGGAAGAAUAUGUUCUUGAUCCAUUUGGUCCAAAGUUAACAUUGGCUCAGAGACUUGGAAUUGUGGAGGCUCCAGCGCUGCCCCUAACCAAGGAUGAGUGGUUUAAAGUGAAACAGAGGUCAGUGGAACAAGGCGACUCCCUACAGCCAUGUGUCAUAUGUAAAGAAGAAUUUAAACUGCACCCACAGGUUCUGCUUUCUUGUUCUCAUGUAUUUCACAGGACAUGUUUGGAAGCAUAUGAGAAAUUCACUGGGCGAAAAACAUGCCCGAUGUGUAGACGGAACCAGUAUCAGACCAGAGUAAUACAUGAUGCGGCUCAGCAGUUCAGAGGAAAAUGUGCCACCAGGAUACAGUCUUGCUGGAGGGGAUACAUAGUGCGGAAAUGGUACAAACACUUUAGGCAAACAACACCUCCCCAAGACCCCAAGUUACGGAAGAAGUUCUUUGAGGAGAAGUUUACAGAAAUCUCAGACCGGUUGGUAAGAUGCUGCAACCCAGACAUUGAUGGUCUAUUCAGGGAGUGUGAUCAGGCAAUUGCCAUAAGUCACAAUAUUUUUCAUCUGUUGGAACAAAAGUGUAACCCAGAAAUAGGUGAAGCAGACUGGGAAAGAAUUCAGCUACAGGCUGUUCGACAGGAAAUAUCGGACUGUCCCAUAUGUAUUAUGCCGCUGACUCACAACAGUGAAGAGCACAGAGGCCUGCCUAACCGUCAGCCUGUCCUUCUGUCUUGUUCCCAUGUGUUCCACCAUACUUGUCUUCAGGCAUUUGAGGAGUUUUCAUUGGGGGAACGUCUUGUUUGCCCUUUGUGCCGCUCUCCAUACCAAAAGAAAUUGUUCUCCUGUUAAUACUUUGCAUAGACCAGUGGUUGCCAUCCAGGAUGCCUCCAUCUGUUGCAAAACUACAACUCCCAGCAUGCUAGGAGUUACCCAGUAAUGUUGUAUACCAGUGGUCUCCAAUCUGUGGACCUCCAAACAUUGCAAAUUUACAACUCCCAGCAUGCCAAGACAAAGAGUUGUAGUUUUACAUUAGCAGGAGACCCACACUAGUGACAAUUUAGAUUUAAAGGGGUUCUCCACCAUAAGGUGACUUUAGUACGUACCUGGCAGACAGUAAUGGACAUGCUUAGGAAGGAUCUUGUCUUCUGGGUGUCUGUGUUGUGAGUCAACUAUAACACUGCUGCUUUCAUUUUGUGAAAUGGCUAUUUCCUGCUGGAGUUCCCUCCAACUACAAGUGCCAGGAUCCCUUGAUUGUAAGUGUGAGGUCACUUUUCUCCCUCCCACACGAGACAACCCACUCAUUGCGGACUGCACUUGGAAGCAAAUAGUGAAAGAAGAGACGCUCCAGCUGAGUCUCAGAGCAACGUUGUAAGCUUUAUUCACAUGUUGCUACACGGAUCACAGGUAGGUGGCAGGAUGUGACUGGUUUCGGCCAGGUGCUGGCCUUACUCAUAUCAUGAGUCUGUCUUCUUUCACUAUUUACAAUUCCCUGCAGCCCUGUGGAGAAUGAUUUCCCUCCCAUCCAGCGAUUGCUCCACCCAUUCAGGAACAGACAGGCUUCCUAUCAACACCUUACUAGUGAUGUAAUGUCUCGGGCCGCACUGCAACCUGGGAAAAGCUGAGAGGACACUGAUUUUGUAUGCUAAUAAAAAUAAACAUCAUGGCAAAGAUCACAGGUACAGACACUAUAUUAUAAACUACACUAACUUUACAGCCCCUGUAGAACAGUCAAAUAGAAAAAUUCCUGGAAUACCCCUUUAACCCUCUUCUUGGAGGGACAGAAAUAAACUUGGAAAAGAGACAAAUUAGGAAACACAGAAAAGUUUAUUGAACAUAUAAACAUUUACAAAAGAAUCCAGUAUAAUACACCCAAAAUGCAAUGAAAAUAAAAAGAAAGCACAGACCACAACUAAAAACGCUCUGAAGUGAUCUUGUUCACAUUUCAUACUUCGAGUAUUCUCCGAAAAGAGAAGUCGGUAAACACAAGAUUUGGACUUUAUAAGCUAAAAAUAAGAGUGAGAUGGUGAAGCAGAAUGUUAGGUGCGUGUAAACAUAUACGGUGCCCUGGAUGUGAAGCCCCCACUGCAGGAUGGGUGAACAGUUCAACUUAAACAUGAAAUGGCGCAUUUGUUGUAAAAUCAGGUGAUUCCCUAUAAACAGACUUUAUCAUAUAUAUCAGCGCGUUUGUCAUUUCCAUAUAAUGCUGAGACCUUGGGGUGACACAAUGUAUUGUUACAUGCGUUAUCCAGCACUAGAGAAACACAGCUGAUUUCUGUAAAAAGCAGCACCACAUUUGUCUGCUGGUUGGAUGUGGUAUUGCAGCUCUGUUCCAUUGAAGUGAAUGGAGCCACACACUGGGGACAGAUGUGGUGCUCUUUUUGGAAGAAAUUAGCUUUGUUUUCUAUUGCUGUAUAACCCAUUUAACACAUGCACCAGUCUAUGUAGUGCAUUUAGAUUAGUUUUGGUUCUCCAGUUCAUGUGAAAAUGCUUAGCAAGUGCAGCUGUUGGCAUGCUGGGAGUCGUAGUUUGCCAACAGCUGGAGAGCCACAGGUUUGAGAUCAUUGCAGUAGAGCGUGUAAACCAGUUUUUCCCAACCUGUAGCUCCAUCAUGAUUUGAGGGUUGUAGAGCCGUAUGUUUAGGAACACUGGUGUAAACAAUAUGCUGUAUAUGAUCACUGUCCCUGAGAUCUCAUCCUGGGACUACAAUAUAUAUAUCAUACAUACAGGGGGGCAGCGGGACGCAAAAUUUUGUUCCGCGGCCGGGAGUUUGAGACCCCUGUUAUAAGGCAUAAGUGUCUGAUCGGGGGGUCUGACCGCUGGGCCCCCCACCAUCUCUUGCCCAGCACCUGGAAUGCUUCAUGAGCAAUGUAUCUCCGCCUCUCCCAUAGAGAUGCAUGGAGGGGGCAUGUCGACCACUCCCCCGUGCAUGGGACCCCUGCCAUCAAACACAUAACCCCUAUCCUGUGGAUAGGGGAUAAGCUGUAUAGUACUCAAGUAUGCCUUUAAGGAGUACUCCAGUGAAAAUUUUUUUCUUUUCAUAUCAACUGACGCCAGAAAGUUACAGAUUUGUAAAUUUACUUUAUUGAAAAAUCUUAAUCCUACCAGUACUUAUCAGCUGCUGAAGAGGAGUUGUUCUUUUCUGUCUGACCACAGUGCUCUCUGCUGACACCUCUGUCCAUGUUAGGAACUGUCCAAAGCAGAAUAGGUUUGCUAUGUGGAUUUGCUCCUACUCUGUACAGUUCCUGAGACAGACAGAGGGGUCAGCAGAGAGCACUGUGGUCAGACAGAAAAGAACUAAACUUCAGCAGCUGAUAAGUACUGGUAGGAUUAAAGGGGUACUCCACUGGAAAACUUUUUUUUUUUUAAAUCAACUGGUGUCAGAAAGUUAAAACAGAUUUGUAAAUUACUUCUAUUAAAAAAAUCUUAAUCCUUCCAGUACUUAUCAGCUGCUGUAUACUACAGAGGACAUUUUCUUUUCGAAUUUCCUUUCUGUCUGACCACAGUGCUCUCUGCUGACACCUCUGUCCAUGUCAGGAACUGUCCAGAGUAGGAGAGGUUUGCUAUGGGGUUUUCCUUUGCUCUGGACAGUUCUUGAUAUGGACAGAGGUGUCAGCAGACAGCACUGUGGUCAGACAGAAAAGAAAUUCAAAAAGAAAAGAACUUCCACCUU